AUGAACGAAGAAUUUACUUUUGAUGGUGAGACAGUACCUUCAACAGCUGCACGUAAGCUCAAAGAAUGGAACGAAAGGACAAGUAACAUAGAUAAGAAUGGCUUUCCUGAUACUAUUACGAUUGGAGAGCAUAAAGGUCGGACAACGAUACUUCUUAAAAACAUGCACACUGUCUUUAUUUUCGAAAUGUUACUUAAUAAGCUAACAAUGACCGCUGAAGCUGUUAUAGAUCAACUUUGCGAGGAGUUUAAGGAUAUAAAAAAUUUACUCCCAGAAUCAGUAGCACACCACAUGAAAAAGAAAUGCCGCCCUCACUUACAAGCGAGCAUGCAUCGCUAUUAUGGCUGGUCUGAAGCUGGAAAACCUUGCAAGAUCAAUGUUGAGACAAAGGGACCCAAUGUCAGCAUUUUAGGUACUAUUGACAAGAGUGACCUGAUUACACACUCUCCAGAAAAGAAGUUAUUAUGA